UGCGCUUGCGCUGGUUUUGUGCCUCUUCGUUCAAAACAAAAAUAGCGUCCGACCCUUUGCAACACAAUAGUUAUACAUUGUGACGUUCGUUGAAAUCAUUAUCAAUCUUGGUCUGGACGUAAAACAGAUUUGAUCGUAAUCUACGGCAGACGCGGUAGAGCAAGAAGGGGCAAGUCCUGUACGGAAAAGCCUUAGCGCUUCUACCGCUUCACUCGGAACAUACUACUCCUUGUCGGAGAGGCCAUCCAAUUUUCCGGUACCUUCAAUCUUGAGUGACUCGUCGAUUCAACGUGACUGUCACUAUGCGGAGAGCCUUACGCCACCGUGAUCCCGUCCAGGGAGUUGGCGGGGGCUUGAGAUCCACCCAAACCUCGUAUAACCGCAACAGCAGCAACAGCGUGGAUCACACCUCCAUACUGGAAGAAGAGGAACCUUGGGAUCAGCGUCCCGCCCGCUCGGUGGAAGAAAGCAGUACCCCACGGGCCUUGCUGAGCAAUAAUUUGUCAACGAUGAGGCCUGGACGUGAUCGCGACGAUUUGAAUGAUGGUGAACUACCAUCGUUGACGCCUACCAGCCAAAAGACGGAUACACGUGCAACCAACGAAGGAGGUCGUUUCGAAAACGGUCAGUACAACACCGCUCGACACCCAAGUUCGCCUAGUAAGGCUAGUGUGUUGCUAUCGAAAGAUACACGUAAUGCCUGGAAUCAAAUGGAUGGCGAUGUUGCUAAACGAGACGAGGAUGACAGCAAUGUUGGCUCCGGUCCGCGCCUUGAAGGUCCGGAUCGCCAUCAGCCAACCGCUGGAAAGGGCUCGGAUGACAUAGUUGACGACACUGAAAUCAUAGAAAGGACAGACGAGGAUAGCGAACAGGAUACAACCUUUUGCGGUCAAACGCUGAACGCGUUUGGUGGUAUUUGUGGAAACUUGCAGAUCACAAACGCAGUUGACCAAAAACGAACUCGAUCCGUGUCUCCCGGAAAGUUGUUGGAUCAUGAUUCCUCCACACCGAAGAGGCGAUCACGAUCCCUUCCCAGAAUCUCGCAGGUCUCAUCUGAGGGUGACGAAGAACAUACGGCUAUUGAAGUUGAGUUUGUUGAGCCGGCCGCUAUACUAUCGCCUCGGAGGAAGAAUGCCUACUUGACCGCGAUGGCACGCCAAGCCAAGGCAGACUUUGAGAAAAAGAAAAAGAAGGACCAGACUCGCAGAUUUCUUGAUCCUGAAGCCCCGCCGUCUAUUUCUUACACACAAUCCGGAGAUGGGGAUGAAGAUAUUUAUGCUAGCUUCAACGCAACAGAAAAGCGGAAGUUUUUGAAACUUAUCAAUGCUGGAAACUCACCCGUGGAUGCCUCGCAUCAGAUCUUCCAGGAUCGAGCAGAACGUGAAGCCUUCGAAAGAGGAGAUGGCGAAGAAGGAGAAGAGAAGAAAUCGAAAGAUGAAGAGAGGAUAGAAGAAAAGCCAAGAGGUAGAUCCGUUACCCCUGGUCGAUCUGCUAGCUCCUCGCGGAUGGCGUUCUGGAACAUAAAGAGCCCAUCCAAGCGAGCUGCUCUGGCAAAUGCGGCUGCUAUUCAAGCUAGGAGAUCUCCACCUCUGGCAGAAGCCGAAAACUCGACAGGCAUUGUGUCGCCUUCUACCGCUCGCGUCGCAACAGAGGCAGUUCGUACCCCUAACAGUAUAACAAAGAGAACGGCUGCCACGCCUGCUGACUUGACGGCUUUGGAAACCGACUCGUCGGAAGACGAAUCAAUUCCCUUCAAGAAGAGUGGAAUCAAUUACUACGAUGCGGUUCGUCGUCAAAAUUUGGAGGAGGAUCCUCGAGCUGGUACUUAUUUGUCCAAGGAGAAUAAGGCUUCUCGACUCUCAUCUAUGCGCUCGAAAAGUGUCACCCCUAAGCCGCGGGAUUUUAUUGAGCUAAAAGAGGACAGAAAGCGAUCAUCCAGCGUUCCACGGUCCCGAUCUCGCUCGCUGGGUACUGAUUGGGCUGGGGGAAGGAUCCCGCCUUCGACGCAGUCAUCUCGAUCGGUUGGGCCGAAGCCGCAAGGCUUCGACAUGUCAGGGCAACAAUUCCUGGCGACGGGUGGUGGCCAGGAGUCUACUUCCGCCGGAGGAACAUUUAAUCGACUAGACGAUAGAGAGGACCAACAAAUGAAUUCUAGCGAAGAGGAUGGUCUCGACGAAAGAUACGCUCCAUAUGCACGUUCUACUACCAUCCCGAGAUCGUCAUCCUUCAACAAGAAGCUUUCAGAAGACAAAAACUAUUCUCUGGCUGGGAAUGACGGAAUGGACAUUGACAUGUAUUUGAAUUCCACUGAUGUCUAUUCUGUCGCUGGUAACGACAACAUGUCUGUUUACACUACAGGAACAGGAGGAACUGGAAUCUCACAGUCAUCUCGUAUACGACGCCCAGGUGCGGCAAAAAACAGACUAGCUAUAGCGAAGGCUGCAGGACGACAAAAUAGAAAACAUGGGUGGUAUGAAUCAAUGCGUGCGGUUGCGUCUUCUACCAAUAAAAAAUGGGACCCUGAAAAGGGGUGGGUCGAUUAUGAGCCCCCCACUGCUGUUUCUGUUGGCGAUAAGUCAAACAACAAAAUCCAUCUUGAUCUAAGCAAAAGUAUCAGGAAAUCGAGAGGUCCCGAGGAAUCCCUAGGAGUUGACUUAAGCACAUCUGUCAACGCUGUUGCUGUUCCUUUUCCGCAGGACUGGGAAAAAGAUAGAAUGGAACUAUUGGAAGUCGCUACGAGUAUUAGUGCUACUGACGAUGCAUAUGGCACAUCCGCCCAUCAAGCAUACCUAACAGGCAAUACCUCACUAGAUGCUAGGUCCACAUCAGGAUUGAGGGGCGCUGCUUACAAGCGACCGAUUGAGUCGUCGAAUGUGAGACCGCAAGGGCGUUUGGGGUCUACGAAAGUAGCCAGUGGUGCCCUUGGAAGGGAUGAAAAAGGGUGGAAUUCGGAGAAGGAAUGGGCUAGAACUGGUCAAAGAGACAGGUCAACACCGGAUGUUGUUGAUUUUGAUUCCCCUGAGCCUUUGUCCAACAUUCAGCAGCAAAAGAUUUAUUCACGCGAAUCGGUAGCGACUGCGAUCUCCCCGGAAAAAUAUGCUGGGAAUGCGGGCAGACAGGGUCGUGAUGCAGACGUUCCGACUGUAGGGUACUCAAGAGAGCCUAGAGCACUACUCAUGAUGCCCACUCAUCUUGCCAAUCCCAAAAAUCGGGAUGAUCAGAAAGAAGCAACGGGUCGAUUUAGUGAGAAUGCAAAUCGUGCAGCUUUGUCAAAUGAUGCUGCUGAACGAUAUAUGCAGCUUGGCAAGAACGGCUCUGUAACCGCUCUGUCCCAAGAUCCGCAUACAAUCAUCCAAACUUCAGUACAUAUCCAAAGUCAUAGAAAGCAUCAGUACAAUUCAGAAAGCGAAGAAAAUGAUGAAGAGAGCGUGCCUGCAAAUACGAAAUAUGAUUCUUAUACUUCGCAGGAAGACCGGGCUCUAUCUACAUUGACAAGUAUUGUGCGAGAAAAAGUGGACGAAGACGAUUUAAACUUGUUUCCUCAUUCGAAGACGCCUAUAACAUCAAGAAGCGUUGUCAGUUCCAGAAGCGCAACAAGCACAGCGGGAAAAAGUCAAGAGAGCCCGGCGGGGCAAAAUAGAAGUUCACGGAGCGCUGGCCCAAUAGAUUUGGACGACGUUGGAUACAGUUCUCAGAGUUCUGAAGACGAGGAAGUGGAGAUGUGGGAUACAAACUCGAAUCUCCAUACAAACAUAUCGCGAUCAAUGGCGUCGAAAUCAGAAAUUGUUCCGGCUGCUUCCCGGUCUAUGAAAAGGGUGCCAAAGCUGACUGGCAGCAAGCGGGACACCUCUCCAAUUCAAGGACGAAGGUCUCUGGAAUACAGAUCGGCUCAGACACCUACAGGAAUAGUUGUCCCUCCUAUCAGCACUAGUAUUGAAGACUUACGCCGUAAGCAGGAGCAAAUGGAUCGGUCUCGGUCAGUCGGAAAGACAAAGAUUAAUCGCCCGCGUCAAGCAGACGGCUCCGUUUCUCCUGUAGCAAAAGGGAAGCCCACGGAACCAUAUCUUACCAACGAACUGGCUCAGAUGUAUCAGCCACACCGCAGUACUGCCGACGAAAAGUUUGACACAGCUAACCCGAUUACACCAGAGGCUGAAUGGAAAUCUUUUCUUGAAAAUAAUGUCCGCGCUGAAAGCGGGAAUGCCGAAUGGCUACUGGAGAGUGCACGACGGACAACAAUAGCACGAUCAAGUGAGCGCCAUUUACCGAUGUCACCUGGCAGGGACGUACUAGCGGACGAUGACUAUUCCAACCGUGAGAAUGUACGACGAGCAACAGUGGAACGAGCCCUUGAGCGCCCUUCAGCAGAAUUACCAAAAGGAAAUGGCAUAGAGGACGACGAGGAUUCCCUUCAUGCGAAUGUACGACAAAGAUCGUUUGAACGAUCAGUUAAGCGCCAUUUCUCGGCAACAUCCGAAAGAAACGAAGACGAUCACGAAGACGAUUCUCUUCGUGAGAAUUUGGAACGAGCAACGAUUGAGCGCAAUGUAGCGGCACCAUCUGAAAGAAACAGAGUAGAACGCGAUGACGAUUCUCUGUUCCAUCUUAUGGAGGAGAAGAAAGCACGUACGUAUCCUUCACAGUUAGAAGAAUCCGAUUUGUCACCCAUCCCUUCUGAGCCGAACGAUCAGGAAGAGUCGGUCGUAUAUGGCUCGGAAGCGUACGGUCCAACAGAAGGAGACCGCAGAUCCUUCUUUCAGCGAUUGGCUGAAUGCGCUGCGCCUGUCAUGCCCACUUCAAACGGUCAAAUUCCAACAGCGCACCUCAAUUUUAUGAAGAGUCAAAGUAGUGUUCGGGCUUUUUGUGGACGACCAGACGACGUUGUUGAUGAAAGAGGUGCAAAGGUCAAGCCAGUUCCAGACAUUAAACCUGACAAUCACAAGAAAAUGAUUAAGAAGACGGCAAAUGUCGUCUCUGAAGAUUUCGGGGCGAAAACGGCCUACCUUGAAGCGAUUGCAAUGAAAACUGCUGUUUCAAACCCAAAGAGAAGCGGAAGUCGUAGCCGGUCGGGGCGCUCAACAGCUUCCAGCGUUGUGUCGUCAACACAAUCGCAGCACAGCGAGAAAUGGAAAGCAUUUCUGGAGCGGAAAAAAGCAUCCGGAGCAUUAGGUGUAUCUCGGCUGAGCUCUUCAUCGGACGUGUCGAAGGCCGCUGAUCGUUAUGCUUCUGAGCAGGUGGAGCAGAUGAAGAACAGAAUGUCUUCACGACCACAAUCUACACCCAGAAGUUUUCGUUCAAACCUUGAGGCGGAUCCCAAGGUACCAACAAAAUCUUAUCAGCGUGGAAACACAGGAAGCAGCGUCGGAGCUGCCAACGAUCUUUCAAGCGCGCGUCUGGAAGCGAUGAUGGCAGCGUUGACGUCUCAAAAGCUUGAAGAAAAUGAGAUUUAGGACACACUUUCACCUAUCCUACAAAUGUGAAAAAUAUGUUUUGUGUUAAGUGAUAGGCUCUAUUUUUAAAAAAAUUUGGUAGAUUG